CAAUCCGAGAUAUUCAAUAAAAAUAAAUUUUGAAAUUUGUAAACUGUUUAAUUUGAAAUUUUUUUAAAUGCAAUGUAAUCAUAAUUAUUUAUAAAUUUUGAUUAAUUAAACGCCUAUUUUUAAGAAUUCAAAAUCAAAGUUAUUUAUCGCAUUAAAACAUACAGACGAACAUUAGAAAAACCAGUAUAGAAAGCUUUAUUUCCCGAUUCAAAAUGUUGAUAUUAGUUAUGUUCAAAACAAAGUUACUCCCAUAUACAGCUGUUAAGGAAACACUGUUUUGUUGUGUACUUUUGAAACAGGGGUGGAUUUACACAAACCACAAAAUGAAAAUUUUCUAAAAAGCGACCAACGUUUUAUAAAUUGAGUAACAAAAAGAAAAUUUUUGCUCCCAAUGCUUAAGUAGUCAGACAGGGUGGAUAUGAAUAGAAAUGAUCACCAUAAUGACAAAAACACUGCCGCUAAUGUUAGAGAGCAAUUUAAAAAUGUGUUUGUUGUACUGUGCAAACUGGAAAAUUAUAACUCGCCAUUAAUAACAACAAAAAAACAUACUCACACGCGACCCGCCACUGUCUGCUUUUGCUGUUUGUAUCAUUCGGUUCGAGUCUGUUUUGUUUGGGCCUCUAUGCCAAGCAAAUAUAUUACCACACAUCAGUUUCUAUUUAUGUCAAGUCCAGCGCGGUUGUUUUGCACCAGAACUUAAAAUUGCUUUAGUUAACGAAUACCAAAUAAAAAAUAUAUAUUAAAUAAUAAAUAAAAAACUAUUGUGCAAAAAAAAAGAAAAACUAAAAACAGAAUACAAAAACAAACUACUAGCGAAAGGAAUUUAAAUUGUGAAAUUAAAAACAAAACUAAUAAAAAGAAUAAAAUUUAUAAAAAUGCAUUUGAAUAACAUCACUAAGGGAAUUUUGUCAUUAAUAUUUAUUGUUGGAUUAUUUAAAAUAACAGGAAUUGAAGCUGAUGGAAAUCAAAAGGGAUCUAGUGAUAGCAAACAAGCAUUUGAUGCAUAUGACUAUAGUGAUGAAAGUGAAACAUCUAAUGGUGAAAUACCCACACCCAAGUCUACAAUUACCCCCUAUUUUGAGAAUAGUCUAAUCACUGUUUAUGCAACAAAAGAUGUAGAAAAUAUCACCUUAGAAUGUUUACCUAAAAAUUUUAAAGAUUCUGUUCAUCAAAUCUUAUGGUAUAAUGAAGAACAUCCCAUAACAAAUGGCAACACCUCAUUGGCGGUUGAUAAAUAUGCAAUCGAUAACAAAUAUCGUCUGACUAUACUUAAUUAUAAGAAAGAUACCGCUGGAAAUUUCUCAUGUGCUGUUUUACCCACUGAAGCCCGCCAAUAUGUUCAAAUUGAAUUUGGUGCUCCUCCAGAAAAUAUUAAAGAUCAAAAUGGUGCUUCCAACAGACUUAUUAUUGAAAUGGGAUUAAUGCUAACAGCUUUAGCUGCAAUAGUCUCAUUAAAUUAUUUUAAAUUUUAAAUUAGUAACAUAGUACUUAGAACAAAUAGAAACAGAAGAAGAAAAAAAUGAAUGAUAAAUGAAAAUUGCGCGCAUUAAUGAGGCUGAAACUUUUCUAAUUUCAAAUAAUGCAAAUGUAUGUACUUAUAUAAUGCCAGGAUUAUAGAAAAAAAAUAUUUGAAAAAAACACGAAAUCAAAAGCUUCGCUCCAUUAUUAAAAACAAUAGAAAAA